AUGUCUGUAGGAUCGCAUAUUAAACGGGUGUACUUUGAGUGUAUAGCAACACAUUUGUCUUGUUCCACUGUAGAACAAAGGGGCCAGCAUAUUAAACGGGUGUACUUUGAGUGUAUAGCAACACAUUUGUCUUGUUCCACUGUAGAACAAAGGGGCCAGCAUAUUAAACGGGUGUACUUUGAGUGCAUAGCAACACAUUUGUCUUGUUCCACUGUAGAACAAAGGGGCCAGCAUAUUAAACGGGUGUAUUUUGAGUGUAUAGCAACACAUUUGUCUUGUUCCACUGUAGAACAAAGGGGCCAGCAUAUUAAACGGGUGUACUUUGAGUGCAUAGCAACACAUUUGUCUUGUUCCACUGUAGAACAAAGGGGCCAGCAUAUUAAACGGGUGUACUUUGAGUGCAUAGCAACACAUUUGUCUUGUUCCACUGUAGAACAAAGGGGCCAGCAUAUUAAACGGGUGUACUUUGAGUGUAUAGCAACACAUUUGUCUUGUUCCACUGUAGAACAAAGGGGCCAGCAUAUUAAACGGGUGUACUUUGAGUGUAUAGCAACACAUUUGUCUUGUUCCACUGUAGAACAAAGGGGCCAGCAUAUUAAACGGGUGUACUUUGAGGGUAUAGCAACACAUUUGUCUUGUUCCACUGUAGAACAAAGGGGCCAGCAUAUUAAACGGGUGUACUUUGAGUGCAUAGCAACACAUUUGUCUUGUUCCACUGUAGAACAAAGGGGCCAGCAUAUUAAACGGGUGUACUUUGAGUGCAUAGCAACACAUUUGUCUUGUUCCACUGUAGAACAAAGGGGCCAGCAUAUUAAACGGGUGUACUUUGAGUGCAUAGCAACACAUUUGUCUUGUUCCACUGUAGAACAAAGGGGCCAGCAUAUUAAACGGGUGUACUUUGAGUGUAUAGCAACACAUUUGUCUUGUUCCACUGUAGAACAAAGGGGCCAGCAUAUUAAACGGGUGUACUUUGAGUGCAUAGCAACACAUUUGUCUUGUUCCACUGUAGAACAAAGGGGCCAGCAUAUUAAACGGGUGUACUUUGAGUGCAUAGCAACACAUUUGUCUUGUUCCACUGUAGAACAAAGGGGCCAGCAUAUUAAACGGGUGUACUUUGAGUGUAUAGCAACACAUUUGUCUUGUUCCACUGUAGAACAAAGGGGCCAGCAUAUUAAACGGGUGUACUUUGAGUGCAUAGCAACACAUUUGUCUUGUUCCACUGUAGAACAAAGGGGCCAGCAUAUUAAACGGGUGUACUUUGAGUGUAUAGCAACACAUUUGUCUUGUUCCACUGUAGAACAAAGGGGCUGGUGUAGCAUAUUAAACGGGUGUACUUUGAGUGUAUAGCAACACAUUUGUCUUGUUCCACUGUAGAACAAAGGGGCCAGCAUAUUAAACGGGUGUACUUUGAGUGUAUAGCAA